CAGUGUUACAAAAUGAAAUUAAAAUGAUAAAAAUAUCGAAUAUUUACAAAGAUGUUGUGUUUUUACACGAAUAUUUCUACAAAUAGAUAUGAGAAGACAAUGUGGAUGCUUUAGAAGUACAAAUCGCAGAUAAUGGAAGAGAAUAGCGCGUCCAUCGGUCUCGAAUGGCGUCGUGUUUUCGAAAGGACCCCCUCGCAAGAACGGGAAAAUGUUUUGAAGAGGAAUGUUGUCUCUUGCCUUAAACAAGCUGCUGUAAAAUCGUGCAUCAUCACAAGAGAUCCCGUUCUUGUUAUUGGCCUGAAGGAUUCCUUGGUUCAACGAUGCGUUAUCGACGCAAUCGAGUGGUUUUUGUUCGCAGAGGAACCACGUCAGGGCCGCGUAAAGCUAUCACAACUCAGCAGCCCACCUACCAUUUGUGGCAAAGUAUUUAAAAACAGCGAACCGACGUAUUCAUGCAGGGAUUGUGCCAUUGAUGCAACAUGUGUUCUCUGUAUGACAUGUUUUGGGAAUGGUAUUCACAAAGACCACAAUUAUCGGCUGAACACUUCCUCGGGAGGAGGUUGCUGUGAUUGUGGUGACGAGGAGGCCUGGAAACAAGGCGCCUCAUGUAAAAUCCACAGCGUAAAGUCCGAAGACUCUGCUGAUGAGGAUCCAUUGAAAAAGCUUCCAGAAGAUUUUUUAUCACGUGCGAGAUGUUUAUUCAAUGUUUUGAUUGAUUUCUGUGUAAAUGUGUUAUGUGAAAUCAACGAGGAAGAAUUAUUAUCUGACAUACAAACAAGCCCUCCUGAUGGAAACACGCAUGUUACAAUGCUUUAUAAUGAUGAAAGUCACACUUUUCAGGGUGUCAUUUCAGCCCUCCAGAAGUCUCUUCCUCGUGAUUCCUGCACAGAAAAACUAGCAAAUGACUUUGCUACAGUUGUCGAUCGUGAGGGCCGUUCUAGUAUCUACAUUGGUUCAUUGGAAAACUCUACCCGUGUCUCUGAGUCUGUUCAGAGAAAUACUAGUGACAGCUUGCACGGGCCUCUGAGAUGCGAGACAGCUCAUCUAUAUACUGUUGCAUGUCAACUUAUGGCGUUGAAGAUGAUGAAAUGGCUUGAUAGUCUUACUGAAGAAUCAGACAGUUUAAGGAGACUUCAUUCAGUUUUAAGUACAACAAGUUCUUGUGGUGAUUGUCAUCUCACAAGAGUACUUAAAGCUGAUGGGAAACUAUGGAAAGUUGCAAGAUUUCACAAUCACCAGCUGUUUAUGAACACGUUGCUCAAAGACUCACUUGGGAAACAAGCACUUGCUAUUGAGUUUACAAAGAAUUAUCCAGGUGUUAUUGACGAUUACUACAAUGAUGAUCAAGAUCAUGCAAUAUCGGCGGCUGGAAUGUCAGUUCAACUGUUUACAGUACCAAGUUUGGUGCAAAUGUUGUCCGUUCAUCACAACUUAAUGGAGACAGUCAUACAAGUGCUUUUGGAAAAAACCAAACCUUUGUUGAAAAAUAAUGGAGUGUUUGAUUUCAACAAAGAUGAACGCUUCAAAUCAACGCGGUUGUACUGGGUUAUACAUGAUUUGAGGUACAUUGUUCAAAACAAACCAAACGAAUGGAGCGAUGGUUUAAAAUGCAAAUUUUACAGAUUCUUAGAACUUUUCUUAUCAAUGUUGACACGUUUCCAGGGAAUGGGUAUGAUGAAACGUGCAACUGGUGUCCAUGUUGAGAUGGAACAAGAAUGGCAUCGCUCCUAUGAUUUUGAAAUGCGUUUUACUGUUUCUGUGCCAUUAAUACUUCAAUGGUGCGACGAGAAUCGAGAUGUGUUACUUAAAGCUAUUAAACUGACUUUGGAGUGUUUAAAGGACAUUCGAAAACGUGAUGGUUCAACUAAACUGAAGAAAACCCAUGGAUGGAAAAAAGGCAUAAAGGUAUUCGACUUCGAUGUUGCUUCAGAGAACGUUUCAAUGCAUAUUCCAAUCCCUCGUUUUCUGGCAGGUUUGCUUGGAUGCUGCGAAAAACAUUCCAUAAAUAUUAAAAACGUUCUGGAAAUCAAGCAAGAUGAAGAUGCGCUCAUGUACAUGGGAUUCCCUUUGAAAGUUCUGGUGUUUGUCUCGCAAGUUAAAGCUGGAAUGUGGAAAAGGAACGGUUACACUCUACUCCACCAGAUCAAUAUAUAUCGGAGAGAAAUGGAAAUGUAUGCUAAAGACAUCUUCAUGAUGCAGGUUCUGGCGUCGUGUAUGGACAAAGAAUAUUUCCUUCAGGUUGUUUUGGAAAUGUUCAAGCUCCAUCCUUGGUCAAAACACAGCUACAAUGUUGACGACAAACUUGACGAGAGCGCCUUGAACCAAAAUCUUUCAUUAGCUGGCGAUUUCCUUCAUCUUCUGAUCAUGAUUUUAGGAGAAAGAUACGACAGUACUAUUGGUCAGGUUGAGAACGAGGUUGAAUUGAAAAGAGAAGUCAUUCACAGAUUGUGUUUGGGAAACUUGUCAAGAAGUGAACUCAUGCGGGGUCUACCUUUGUCAGAAUCGGAGUAUCAACGCCGUGGAAAGAUAGAUGACGUCAUUGCCUCGGUAGCAACAUUCAAGAAGCCUGGUCUGUCCAGCAAAGGAACGUACAAAGUGAAGAAAGAGUUCUUAUCGGAGUUUAAUCCAUUUUUUUACCAUUACGAUAAAAAUGAGCUAUCUAAGGCUGAAGAUCAAAUGAGAAAGCGAUGCAAAGAAGAAGGAAUACCAGCAGUGUUUAUUCCGCCGGCCCCAGUUGAGUUCUUGCCUCAAUACUCCAGCAUCGUGGACCUGCUGACCUGUAAAAAGAUGAUUGACAUGCUCACAGCUAUUCUCUGGAGGAUCAAACAUGGCAAUCCUAAGGCCUGGACUGACAGGAUCUUUCAUCAGGUUUUGCAUCUGAUUGGCCUAGCGUUGCACGAAGAACAACGGCAAAGAUGCAAAGGAGAAUCGUUUGGUUUCGUCAUCGCCGCCACGAAACAAAACAACAAUUUUCCCAAGGAUUGUUCGCUGUUUGAGUGUAUAGAAACUCUGCAAGGAAACUCAAUUGUUGAACUACACAGCGGACUGCUUUCGUGGACGAUCCAGAAGUUCAAAGAAGAGCUGUCAGAGCAGAGUUAUUUUGCCGAGUCAAGCAUCCAAAGUUCUCAACCAAUGGACGUGUCGGAAACGGUGUCACAUGAUCAGGAGAAACUUAGCAGACAACGGCUCGCCCAAGAAAGGCGGGAAAAAAUAUUGGUUCAAAUGUCUGAUAUGCAGAAAGCGUUUAUUCGCCAGAAUUCUGAGCUGUACUUGUCAACAAAAACAGAUUUGGAGGAUUCAGAGCUUGAUGAAACCGACUCAACAGCUGCAUCAUCCUCGGAACAGGCCGUGAUUGCGAUCGGAAACAAUCGUACGCCGUCGGUCACUAUCCCUCGGGAACAAUUUAUUUGCAUUUUAUGCCAAGAGAAUCCGAGUUCGGACGAAAGACCGCUGGUAUACUCGGCGUAUGUACAGCGGUCGACGUUGUUGUCCAACAACCAUAACCAAACCCUUGACGAGGGGGAUGAAGCGGAUCCUCUAGUGUCAUACAGGGAUCAACGCGUCGGGACACAUGUGUGCAGUUGUGGUCAUGUAAUGCAUGGUGAUUGUUGGCAGCGGUUUUUUGAAUCGAUAUUAACCACCGAUCGUUUGUCGAUCAGGUUUCGAAUACGAAAUACAUUUGAUCUGACGAAGAGGGAAUUUCUAUGUCCAUUAUGUUCGGGGCUUGGUAACACAGUCCUGCCAAUCAUGGCCCCAACUGUCACAAAAGAUGAAAGCAGUUCUAACUAUGUGUCCUGGCUCGUGACCCUCCGGAAAAUACAAUCAAAAUUUACAAAAGAUUUGAUGGCAUUUGGUCAAAGCAAAGAAGAGGAAGGUGGAUUUAUCAAAACCCUGAAAGGGAGAGUUCUUCAAUAUAUUUAUCAACAACUGCUAUCGACGAAUAUGCAAUCGAUGAUUACGGUUUUCACCCGCGCUGCCUACACGUUUGGUUUGAAUGUUCAACCUGAUGAUGAUAACAACAGAGUAGCGUUAAUGGUUUGGGGAACCUGUGCCUAUACUAUUCAAUGUUUUGAACACAGCUCAAGAGAGCAAUCCACUGGAAUAGUUAGAAAUGAUCUCAAACGUGAAAUCGACAUCUUGAGAUCGUUAGUUUACGUCGCAAACUCGGCGAGUUCAAUCAGCAAGUCACAUGAUGUUGUCAGCCAUUGUCUCCGUUUGUUUUCUCUGCUGGCUGCAGCUGAGAAUCUUCCUGUGGAACAACGAUCAAUGAUGGAGAUUGAUCUCUUCGAUUGGAUGGUGAAAAUGCGGUUCUCCUUGCCCAGUAUCGACACAGCCAGUGAUACGUCACAGUCGGUUGAUGGAAGCAGUUUUUCUUCUGCUGAACUGGAUGGUUUUGUCUUUCAUCUCGCGCUUGCUGCCAGGAUUGUCCAAAUUCUCCUUACGACAUCAGAAGAUAUUCCUUCUGAUGAAAUGGACGAUUACGAUGAUUCUGAUGUCGUUAUCGCUGAUGAAAUAGCAAAUUUCUGGAGAACAUUGCGUAAAUUGUGCAAUCCAUCAACUGAGCCCUCAAGCCAUUCCAAUCCCCACCGACUGUUAUUGCACGUGCGAUACCGCUUGUUACCAUUCCUCCGAUGUUGCGCAAUUUUCUUUCACACUUUGAAUAGCACCAGAGUUCCCCUCGCUCUGAGAGAAAAUUUCGUAACUGCUGAAAAAGAAUACGAAGCUUUGGCUGAAUAUUUGGCAGUACCCAGAAGUCUGACUGAAAUAUUUGGCUGGAGUGACACGCAGAAGACAUUCACGAAUGAGGAUGUAUUGAAAGUUGUAGGAAGAUGGUGCCUAAAUCAGAAGACAGAUGAAACUGUGGAAAAUUUUGAAAGUUUGAAACAGAACACUUUAAUUCAACUUCCACACAACUACAGCGAGUUAAUAAACCAAGCAUCACAGUAUGAUUGCCCAGUAUUUUCUGGGGACGAGAACCGAGUGCCUGCGAAAUGUCUGAUCUGCGGGAAAUGGCUUUGUUGCGAAGCGUGGUGUUGUAAAGAGACCAUUGGUGAUCAGCAUGUUGGCUCGUGCACAGCACAUGCACAAACAUGUGGGGCUGGUGUGGGUAUGUUUCUCCGUGUACGAGAUUGUAUCGUUCUACUUGUGAAUGGUAUUGGCAAGGGCUGUUUCUACCCAUCGCCCUAUCUUGACGCUUAUGGUGAAAAUGAUCCGGGGUUGAGACGCGGAAACCCGCUCUUUUUGUGCGAAGAACGCUACAAACAGCUUCAGAAGCUCUGGAAACAACAUGGCAUUCCUACUGAAAUAGUCCGCCAUCUUGAAAGCAAUCGACAUUUGAUGCAAGUCGAUUGGGCUAAUUAUUAAACUACGGGUAAUCAACGUUUAACAAGCUCUCAAAAUCGGGCGAUUUUGAAAAAUCAUCAUAACAACUAAGUAUUUAUAUAUUUGUGAGUUGACAGUGUACUUCGUCAACACGAAAAAUGCAGCAAAACUAAACUAAGCUUGUUUUUUCAAGCAAAAUGAAACAUUGACAUGAAUCACGAUAUGAUUUCAAUAUAAA